CGGCACAGUGCGGCGCGGCGCGGUGCGACGACCAGACAGCGGUGGUAGAGAUAGCGCGGCGCGACGCCACGCGACACCACGCUGCCAUUAUAUUAUUGCCGUUUGUUCUCGCGUGUGAUUUUCCGCGUCGCGUACCAUCGAACGAGCGGAAACCAGAAAGAAGGAGAGAGAGAGAGAGAGAGAGAGACAAAGCAGUGUCUCCGUCGGAUUUUGAUCCUCGGAAAAGCGGUAUAUUGUCGUGAAAGAGAGAGAGAGAGAGCGCGCGCGCGGCCUGUCAUCUCUUCUCUCCCUCUCUCUCUCUCUCUCCCUUUUUUUCCUGCAUCCGUUUGUCGUCUCGCUUUUCUUGCUUGUUCUUCACUCUCGAGAUGUGAGAAGAAUUAUGUCGUCAUCAUUGCUUUGCCGCACGGUGAGAUCAUGCGGUCACGUUUCGGGGCUACUUCGGGGAAGGCAGCAGUGACACUUGGAGCGCACGUUCCGGAGCGCCGCCGUCGCUUAUUAUUAUUAUCGGCAACUCCUUUCGUCGUCGCUAAAAUGACAGCAGAGCUGAUGACUGGACUCACUCUGAUGACACCAGCGGCAUGUACUGUCGCCGCCGUUCGUCAAGUGACAAACGACACAAUAACGGGGUUGAUGAAAGGGUGGUCUCAUCAUCACCGUGCAUGAUCCGCUUUCGUGACCUUGUACAUCGUACGUUAAAAGGAGAGAGAAAGAGAGAGAGAAAGAGAGAAAGAGCGCGCGCGAGCACGGAGUAGCGGACCCGAGCUCUCGAUCAGAGAAAGAGAGAGCUAUAAAGGGAGAGAGAGCAAGAGAAAGAGAGUUUGCGAUUAUAGUGGAUAAAUGUGCUGCCGGAGAUCGGUUCACGAGCGGCGCGAGGACGGGUGGAAGUGGAAGCGAUCCGAGAACGACGACGGUGAUGACCUGUGGACGAUGCGCGAAGACGAUCGUUAAAUCGACGACGGGUGCCGACGAACCGAUUCGUCCCUGCUGUUGGUCCUCGGCUCGACGACGACGACGACGACGACGACGACGGCGAUCGAUCGCCAAUCGCGCGAGAUUACUACGUCAGGGAGAGAGGAGGAGAGAAAGAGGGGAAGAGAGAGAAAGACAGAGAGAGGGAGAGAGACUUACUACAGGGAGAGAGAGAGAGAUCACUACGCGGCACCGGGACAACGCGCGCGGCGAAAAGGGGAAAGAGGGGCUAAUUUGUGAAAUAACUGUCUAGAAUCGUUGAAAUAAUGUUCCUGCGCAUCAGCGACGACAGGUUACUACGCUUCGGGCUACUGUUUCUGUUGUGGAUAGGCUCGAGUCGUCAACAGGAAGAGGACAUACCUCACAAUGAAGUAAAAAAUUGGGCCUUAAAGUUUGGUGUGGAUUUAUGGGAGUUUGGUAAACAAGUUACCAAAAUGAGCGAAAUACAAAGGAAAUAUCAUGAGGUGGAAGCCAACGUUAUAAAGAGGGAUGGUCUUGUUCUUGUUCGGGAGAUGGCCAUGGAGGUGAAGAACAUGAUGGACUUCAAAAUGAAUGCAGUGAUGAGAUUGGUGGAGAGCGCCGAGCAAGCCGCAGUAUCGGCGCCGAGGGAAGGAAAUGUGUCGCCCAAGUAUUACGCCUCGCAUCGGCUGAAUAACUUUAUCAGCGACGAAAAGGGCUCCGCGCAAGAGGUGUUUCUCAUGUCGAAUCGCCACUUCGAUCAUCUAGCGGUGAACGUCAGUUUAUCUGCUGUGCUUUUACCAAAUGGAGUUAAAGACAAUGACCGUGACGUCGCCUCAGGUAUCCAAUGGAGCGAAUACUUGGAUUUGCUAUUUGUUAAUAAUUAUGAGAGCGAUCCUACGCUAUCGUGGCAAUAUUAUGGGGCGACAACAGGUUUUCUACGUCGUUUUCCAGCAAUAUCAUGGCCACCGAUGGAGAGUACAUUCGACGCGUCUAAGUCUUCGCAUCAUCGGGUCGUUCGCGACGUGUACGAUUUUAGGAUGUCGAAUUGGUUCGUCGGAGCGGCAAAUAGCCCAAAGGAUCUGGCAAUACUGAUAGACAGCGCAACUUACACGUCCGAUCGGAAUCGACGACUAACAAUAGCCACGACGAAAGUCAUCCUGGACACUCUAGGUCCGGAUGAUUACGUGAAUGUGUAUCGCUACGGCGAGACUGCCGAGGAAAUCGUGCAAUGUUUCAAGGACAGUCUGGUGCAGGCGUCACCUGAGAACAUCCACGAGAUGAAAGCAGCUUUGAGCACCGUGAGAUACGAAGACACCGCAGCCAACAUCUCAGCUGCGCUCAGCAUCGCCUUCGAGAUCCUCCAUAAGUAUAACCGCACUAGCCAGGGUAGCCAAUGCAAUCAGGCUAUUAUGCUGAUCACCGCCGACACCGACGGCCCGCCUACGGAGGUGAUCAAGCGGUACAAUUGGCCGCACAUGCCUGUACGGCUCUUCACCUAUCUUAUCGGUGGUGAUAAGAGUCCCGAACUCCAGAAUACGGCCUGCACCAAUAAAGGAUUUUACGCGAGAAUAACGAACGCAGACGAGAUCCAUAAUAAAGUUUUCGAGUACGUGAAGGUUUUAGCAAGGCCUAUGGUGCUCUAUCAGCAUGAUCAUCCUCUUCAUUGGUGUCCUGCUUACGUAGGUGGAAAAAGUAGUAGCUACGGUAGAGAAAAUCGGGGCCAGCUGAUGACGUCUGUGACAGCUCCGAUUUUAGAUCGCCGGAAUUACACGGUGAAAACGGCUAAUUUAUUGGGUAUUGUCGGUACUGAUGUACCUGUUGAGGAGAUUCAGAAACUCGUGCCGCCUUACAAGUUAGGAGUUAAUGGAUAUUCAUUUAUUGUUGACAAUAAUGGUAGAGUUCUGUAUCAUCCUGAUCUGCGGCUUCUCCCUGGAAAUACAGAAUACGAUGAAACAUUGAAACCUUCAUACAUAAGUGUAGAUUUAUCGGAAGUUGAACUCGCAGAAUACGACGGCCCUUUGGCUGCCCCGAACAAUUCACUUUUACUUGAUCUGAGACGCGACAUGAUUGAUCAAAAGGAAGGAGAAACGGAUUUCACAAUCAAAAUACAUUAUGACGAUAUGAAAAGGGUCACGAUUAGACGGCAUAAUUAUUUUUACAAACCGAUCGAGGGUACUCCGUUCUCCUUAGGCUUGGCUUUACCAGAAGGUUACGGUAUGUUUGAAUUACGGGCCGAGCAGGAGAUCAAGCUUGCUAUCGUAAAUGUAACGGAAUAUUUCAAGGGAAGCAACUGGAAAGUGCAUCCCGAUUGGGUUUACUGUGAAUACAAUUCGGCUUCCGAUAAACACUUUUCCUCCCCGGAAGAACGCGUCUUGCAUUUCUUGGCACGGACGCGCAGACCGGGAUGGAAGUGGAUGUCCUUGAGACCAAGGAGUCCUAGCUCGCAUCAUAAACAAGCGAGCAAGCCGGAUAAAGAUUCUUAUUAUUGUGACAAAAAAUUAGUGCAGUCACUGGUUUUGGAUGCUCUAGUGACAGACGGAUUUGACAAAAGAGAGGCCCAAAGGAUGCAUAAGGAGGAGAACGAAAACCCUAUUGCCAUACUGAUGGCUCUACUGCACAGUCAGGGCAGAGGUAGAUUUGGCGUGACCAGGAGUUUCAUCGCGACUAGGAGCGGACUCCUGCGCUGGCACGAGCAUCAGCAAAAUGACGGCAGCAUCGAGGAACCGUUGUUCGCUGAAAAACACGCAAGAGCCAUGGAUUCGUCUUGGUACAAACGCGCAGUAGAUCAACACUCUAUAGAGCCAGAAAGUUUCGUCUUCAGUGUUCCAUUUGACGCAGCUGACACGGUCGAUCCAAUAGUCACCGCCACGCAUGCUGUAUUCAUCGGAAAGGGUCACAAGGCACCAGCGGCAGUGGUGGGUCUGCAAUUUCAACAUCAAUCUUUGGCGACUCACUUUGUGAAUAUCACUUCGACAUGUACCGGUAUGACAGGAUGUAAAAAGAAUUGCGCCUCGGAGGAACUCGACUGUUAUAUUCUGGAUAACAAUGGAUUUAUUAUUAUAAGUGAACGCCAUGAACAUACCGGGAAAUUCUUCGGUGAGAUAGAUGGUACUAUAAUGGAUUCUUUGGUGCAAGAUAGGAUAUAUAGAAAAGUGACCGUUAUUGAUUAUCAAGGAACCUGCAGUUCUCAAGAAUCUCAUCAGUCGUCAGCGCCGCGAAGUGUUUCUGAUUCUAUUAUAAAAACAAUGGCAGCAUUCGGCAAUUUUCUCUGGACUUUGACUUUAAGUCUCAAUAUUCGAGAUUUGUGGCGAACGACACUGACAUUAGCCAACGAUGUAAUGGAUGACGAUUUGGUAUUCACCGAUGACGAGGAAACACACGAGUUCGAGUCACUGACGCCCGCUGACUCGGCGGACGAAAUGACAUCAGAUGAAAACAAUGUGUAUGCGAGAUUUCCAAUGGUUGCGCCAGCGACACCGGCCUCGCCACCGACCACACGGGCCACUUCCGCUCAUUAUCCGAGAAAAUUGCGCGCUUGCGAGAAGAAAACAGAUUUGUAUAUUUUGCAGCCUGAGCGACUUAAUACAAGCGGCCAGAGCAAUCCUCUGAAAGGAAAGCUCACCAAUUGCCACGUGACUGGAUGUGAGAGACCGUUUAGCGUCCAAAAGAUCCGUCACACCAAUUUGAUACUACUGGUAGUCGACACACUGUGCCCAUGCGGCAGCAAACAGCUCAGCAUUGAACCUAUCGAAGCGCUGACCGAGCCCGGAGCAUGCACAGCACGGAGGGAACGUCUGUAUCGGCGAAGACCACCGAAAUGUAUUAAUUACCAUCCCGAGGAGAUGGAGAUCAAAUUUUGCGGUGGCGCCGGUCGUCUCUUCAGCUACUCGUUGAGUCUUACAUUACUCCUAUUCGUCGUUACAGUGCGGCUUGCGUGACUCUGUCGAGAUUAAUUAAUCGCAUGCGUAUCGCGGCGAGCGUGCGCGCACAAAACACAUAAUACACAUACACACGUGUUUACAAAUUACCUUUUUAAAAUGGAUUUAGCAUUGUCGUUUUUAUGGAACAGUCAUAAAGAAGAAAAAAUAAGGAAAAGAAAA